AUGAGAGAAAGCAAUUUUAGCAAUCCUCUCCAGAACAGAGCAUGUUUAUCUAUCAGUGCAGUGGUAUAUGAUCGACGUGCACUGGAUUGCACGGCCACGUUGCCACUGGUCAAUUCACUAAAUCAUUUUGCAUAUCUUGCAUCGACUUCUCCUCGAAUUAGGGAAAUGGUCAUGUUGGAUGGUGGCCUAGAGCGUUUGAUUCACAUUCUUCGAUGUCCGCCUCAACGUGUUUCAAAUGUUCUGAGAUCUAACAGGUCAGCAGUACCAAUGGCAGAAAUGCAAGCGAAUUGGAAAUGGAGUCUGGCUUUUCAAUGUGUUGUUAAUAUUGGUGUGCGUGGUAGUGAGGCCAUCAGGACGCGUGUUGUGGAAGCCGGUAUGGUGCCGAUUAUCGUCAAGGUGCUGGAUAAUUAUCUCGUUACCAGUGAGCAGAUUCACUCGCAGCAGCGCAAAGCAAUGACUAUUCGAGAAAACUUGACUUAUAAGCAAAGUUAUCGAGCGAUAUACCCCCAAGAUGAUCCGACGGUUCGACCAGCUACGCCUAUGGACAUGGACACCAAUGGUCCCAGCACGGAGCAAGUAUACUGGUCUGCAGAGCGUGGUCGUCAUGGACCACGUGAUACAUUCGCUUUGCAGCAGCGCGGACCUGGUGAUGCUAGUGCGAGCGCAAGUGCAAGUGAGUGUGCCGAGGACACCGAAAUGUACAAUGAAGAAGAAAACGCGUGUCCUGGUGCUUCGGCUGUCCUUGAGAAUAAAUCAGAUAUGCAAGAGACAGAAACACCAAGAGUGCCCCGUACCUCAACGUUAGAGCCAUGUGCUGAUGAAUCAACGGGAAUUACUCGAACGCCAAGGCCAGAACGAGCUGCGGUGCACGAAGGGAUGCAUCAGGACGAGUUAAAUACGUGGCAGACAUCGGCAUCUGCGAUGAUACCUGAACCGGUUUCACCUGUGCAGCCGCCGCUUUAUCGUGAAGAAGAAGUUCUACUGAGCUUACAACUUUUGGCGUACCUGUCUAAAUACCCACACGUGCGCUAUUUUUUUCACAAUGCCAAUGUCCGGGAGGAUAUGAUAUUUUGUCCGGAAUGGCCUGAGGAAGGCUUGCCGAAUCGUUCGUGGCAACCAACUGAUCCUUCCCGGCUAAACGUAUUCUGUAUCGCUGAGCGAUUCACACACCGUCCUACUCGAAGUUCAUUGGCGCCGGGAGUGCUGUGUUCCUUGUAUCCUCGCCUCGCCUCUGAUAUCCAAUAUUGGGCUGGGGUCGUUAUGCGCAAUGCAUGCAGAAAAGACGAGUCUCGCGGUGGUAUUCGGCAAUGCGCUAAUAUGCUCUGUGGUAAAUGGGAAACGUAUCCGCGCGAGUUCGCUAAGUGCCGCCGGUGCCGAAAAGCAAAGUACUGCAGUAAACAGUGUCAGAGCAAGGGUUGGCAAAUGGGUCACCGAUUCUGGUGCAGUGCGCGUUCUGACGAGGACAAGAGUCGUGCGUCGGAAUCCCAUCCAACGGUCCACUCGAACUUCGUGCCGGAUGCGUCUAGGAACGUUGAAACGCCUGCGACGAUUCCAACUAUGCCUGACACGGCGCGUGAAGUGCCAGAGGACUACUCACAUCCGCUAGGUCCCCGAAAUAUGCCUUCAACUCUUCGAGAGAAUCAGCUGCCUGCUUUGCGUGGCGUGAGCGCCGCCAGUAUUGAAUCAAAUGAUCUCCACGAAAUGAGUGACGACGUUACGAUACGCCCCGGUGAAACACCCUCUGUUGACAGUCCUGCUGGUCCGAGUAAUGCUGACCAUACAUUGCCCCCUCCUAUCAUUGCUAGUGGACUACACAUGCACGAAACGGACACAGCCACAGCCACUUUGCGUGUUCAAGAGGCCCAGAAUAUCCAAGAUCAUGGCGGUCCUCUGGAUUAUGUCACGGCCUCCUGGACAUCACGGCCUAUUGUAUCUGAUCACGCUACGGAAUCCCCUUUGCCCAAUCAUACCUCGACUGAUUCACCUUUUGAUUUGGGCAUAACACUCCCAUCUCAAAAUCCAAUUCCUGCCCUACGCUCCAAUGACGACAACGCCUCUUCACAUGACUCCUAUACAGCGCCAUGGCGCCAUAUGGCCAUAUCGGCAGCGUUUCUCGGGGCUCACCAAACCCCUCGAGCCAUGACAAUGUUUGAUGCAAAUCCUUCAUCACCUUCUUUGGACGGCGGCGAGACUUCACAGCAGGACACCCAAAUGCUUUCUCCCACGAGCCACUUGCUUGCAUCUCUGCAUCAUCACGUCUCAUCAUCUCAUGGUCAAAGCACAGAUACAAGGGACAUGUCGGAUGCUCAGUAA